GCUGGCCUCCUCGCGGCUCGUUUCCCCCGGGGGUCCCCAAGGUUAGGAGAGCCGGGGCUGGCGCGCCCCAGCUUCCCGAGCGGCCGGGAGCGCAGCCCGGAGAGAUCUGUGGCUUUAAGGGGCGCGGUGGGGAGUCGCUGGACACUCCUUAUUUUGGUUUUACAUUAAAAAGAGGGCGGCCGCGGAGAGGUGGUAGGUCCCUCCCCAGCGGUGCGAGUUGCUGCCGCGCUGUGCGUGGUCGCCUCCGCAGCGGGCACCUCCGCAGACUUAGCAAAAGCUUGAGGAACCGAGGAGGUCGAAGGACACCUUGCACCUGGUCACCCAGCAGAGCGCAGCAACCUCUUGGCUCGCUGAGGAGCUCUGGUGUCCUCAGCCGUGGAUGCCUUUGACAUUAUGACCGCAGAGGAUUCCACCGCAGCCAUGAACAGCGACCCGGCCAGCGCGUCCUCGGCCAAGGUGCCCGAGGGCGUGGCGGGCGCGCCCAACGAGGCGGCCCUGGUGGCUCUGAUGGAGCGCACGGGCUACAGCAUGGUGCAGGAGAACGGGCAGCGCAAGUACGGCGGGCCGCCCCCGGGCUGGGAGGGCCCGCACCCCCAGCGCGGCUGCGAGGUCUUCGUGGGCAAGAUCCCGCGCGACGUGUACGAGGACGAGCUGGUGCCCGUGUUCGAGGCCGUGGGCCGCAUCUACGAGCUGCGCCUCAUGAUGGACUUCGACGGCAAGAACCGCGGCUACGCCUUCGUCAUGUACUGCCACAAGCACGAAGCCAAGCGCGCCGUGCGCGAGCUCAACAACUACGAGAUCCGGCCGGGCCGGCUGCUGGGCGUGUGCUGCAGCGUGGACAACUGCCGCCUCUUCAUCGGCGGCAUCCCCAAGAUGAAGAAGCGCGAGGAGAUCCUGGAGGAGAUCGCCAAGGUCACCGAGGGCGUGCUGGACGUCAUCGUGUACGCCAGCGCGGCCGACAAGAUGAAGAACCGCGGCUUCGCCUUCGUGGAGUACGAGAGCCACCGCGCAGCAGCCAUGGCGCGCCGCAAGCUCAUGCCCGGCCGCAUCCAGCUGUGGGGCCACCAGAUCGCCGUGGACUGGGCCGAGCCCGAGAUCGACGUGGACGAGGACGUGAUGGAGACCGUGAAGAUCCUCUACGUGCGCAACCUCAUGAUCGAGACCACCGAGGACACCAUCAAGAAGAGCUUCGGCCAGUUCAACCCCGGCUGCGUGGAGCGCGUCAAGAAGAUCCGCGACUACGCCUUCGUGCACUUCGCCAGCCGCGAGGACGCCGUGCAGGCCAUGAACAACCUCAACGGCACGGAGCUGGAGGGCUCGUGCCUGGAGGUCACGCUGGCCAAGCCGGUGGACAAGGAGCAGUACUCCCGCUACCAGAAGGCGGCCAAGGGCGGCGGCGUGGCCGAGGCUGCUGUGCAGCCGCCCAGCUACGUGUACUCGUGCGACCCCUACACGCUCGCCUACUACGGCUACCCUUACAACGCGCUCAUCGGACCCAACAGGGACUACUUCGUGAAAGCAGGCAGCAUACGAGGCCGGGGGCGAGGCGCAGCUGGCAACAGAGCCCCAGGGCCCAGGGGCUCCUACCUUGGGGGAUAUUCUGCCGGCCGUGGUAUCUAUAGCCGGUAUCACGAAGGGAAAGGCAAGCAGCAAGAAAAAGGAUAUGAACUUGUGCCAAAUUUGGAAAUCUCUGCCGUCAAUCCAGUUGCCAUUAAACCUGGUACAGUGGCCAUCCCUGCCAUUGGGCCCCAGUAUUCCGUGUUCCAGGCAGCCCCGGCCCCUAAAAUGAUUGAAGAUGGCAAAAUUCACACCAUGGAGCACAUGAUCAGCCCCAUGGCUGUGCAGCCAGACCCGGCCAGCGCUGCUGCUGCUGCUGCGGCCGCCGCUGCUGCGAUCAUCCCUGCCGUCUCCACGCCACCGCCUUUCCAGGGUCGCCCAAUAACUCCAGUGUACACGGUGGCUCCAAACGUGCAGAGAAUUCACACUGCCAGCAUCUACGGGGCCAGUUACGUCCCUUUUGCUGCUCCGGCCACAGCCACGAUCGCCACACUACAGAAGAACGCAGCUGCCGCGGCAGCUGUCUAUGGAGGAUACGCUGCAGGCUACAUACCUCAGGCCUUCCCAGCUGCUGCUAUUCAGGUCCCCAUCCACGACGUCUACCAGACAUACUGAGACUGGCGACGGGAGGAAGACAAGCCCAAAGACACCACUGAAGGAACGCUUUACUAUUUAUGAAGACAGAACACAUUGCAUCAGCGCACAUCUGAAACCAGAAAGUGAAGAAUGCUAUCAAGUACCACAUGGAAAUCUUUUAUAUACAUGAAGUUUUUCACUAGUUUUUUAAAGACUGUUUUCCACCUCAGAGGCCUGUGUUCAUACAUUUCUAUAAGACUUACAACGGUCCGUGCCUUAAUACCAUCUUUUGAAAAAUCUGUAUGCUAUACCACAUUUGUAUAGAGGUUUUGGUUUUUUGUUUGUUUUUUAAGGAUAUAUUUUCAGUAUGAAGGUUAUUUUCUUAACUUCUGCACUCCAGAUAUUUCUAUUUUGUAGUAUCUUCAAUAAUAUAUCAGCUAUAUAUAUAUAUAUAUAUGUAUUAAAGCACAGGUGAGCAGCUAGGGAACUAUUUUGAAAAAUAUAUUCAAUAUUUAAAGAUACAAACCAUAGUGCUUUAAAAUACUACAUAAGAUGUUAUUCUAAAGAUGAUACUGGAAAGUGCAAUUUUGAAAUGAGUAAAAACCUCUGCUGUAUUUUCACCAGCAUUAAGGGUUGACGGUGUUACUAUCAGUUAAACACUCGACCUCUCCUUAAGCCAACAUGGGAAGGACUCAUCACAACCUGUGUGCAAACACUGGAAAGCCCUCACCUGUCCCCAUUUCCUUGGGGUCCUGUACCUUCAUUAUUAGCUGUGCCCAUCCCCCCUUUUCCCUCACCUCUGUCCCACCGCUACCCAACUUCCAAGUUUGGCAAGUCUGGGACAAUGAAGAACUCUGAUAGAGAAAACAACUGGUGGCUUUUAUUAUACUUCUUCCUGGGUUUUUGUUGGAGUUUUUUGUUUUGUUGUAUUUUUUGUUGUUGUUAUUGCUGUGGUUGGGGAGGAAUUCUCUUCUAUGUGUGGCUAUUUUCAAUAGCAGAGUAUGUUUAAGCACAAGGUUUUUGUUAUGUUUGCAUAAGACAUCUUUGUGUAGCUAUUUAAUUGUCCAAUAUAAAAUUUUAAUUCCCUUUCUAGUGCUUUUAUUUUACUUGUUUUUGAAGUAUGACUUUUAGAGACAAAGAAUGUAUGUCAUUGUAGACAAGACCCGAAAGACUUGUCAGCAGAAAGUUAGGCUUCUGGUUGCCUUACCGUAUUUCAUGGAAAACGUGUGCAGGCAUCGAGGGCGCUAGCAGCCUUGUGUCUAUCAGGCAUUACGUCUGUGCUCGCGCUGAGCACUUGCAGGUAAACCUCGCUGGUGCAAUUCCGGGAGGAGGAAAGGACCUGAAAAAGUUAAAGAGAGUCUGUAAAUAUAAUGCUUACUUCUUCUCCUUUUAUGUUGCAGAAGUUCCAGGUUAUGUAGUUUAAUACAAAGUGAAACCAUUUUAUUUCAAUGCUGUUAGAAGGGUUUGCUCUAUUAGGAAGUGAGUAUGUUGUUGCAGUGUUUUGUGCCUGUUUAAAGGCUUUUGCUUAGCAGCAUGAAUGUAAAAUACAGUAACAUGUUCAGAUCAUCAUCUAUUUUAUGAAAUACAUCAACUUGGAUUUUUUAAAAGGCUCUAUCAAGGAAAUGAGGUGUGCAAUAGCUAGUAAAUACACAGUUGUAUGUUUAUAUCAUGAAAGAGGUCCAUCACAUCUUUCCACUCAUUGGAGUUUUGUUGAUGGCUGAAUUUUUAUUUGUGAAUUAAUAGGAUCGUGCCCUUAGCAAAUACUUUUAGGUUUUUUUUUUUUUUUUGAUUAAGAGAUCCCCAAAUGCCUCCCCCCUCAGCUUGAUGAGUUUUUAUAUGUAAGGAAUAUUUAUUUAACUAUUCUAUAAAAUUAUUGAGUGCCUGCCGAGGCCUUUAAACAUUCCUGACAUUCCUUCCCAUUAAAUGACAGAAAGUAACUGUGCAAUGUUCCUGGUGAGGUACCCAGCAGGCUGCAUCCAAACUCAAAUCUGUUGGAAUGGGUAUUCCAACAAAAUGCAAUGUGGAUCGGAUCCUCAUCCCUUGACUCGUGUGAAAGAAGUACUCUCCUUCCAGGGAAGGAUUGUCCCAGAGGUUCACUGGAUGAAACUCUGACCCAGCGUUCUUACUGUAUUUUACAUGUGCCUGUAAGUUAUUUGCAAAAAAAAAGAAAAAAGAAAGAAAGGCAAAAAAAGGAAAAAAAAAAAAAAAAAGAUGUCUUAACAUGGCCACUACCAAACUACCUUAAAAACAAAUGUUGGUGAUGGCCAUUUAAGUAUCACUGAGCCUCCUGUCUGUUCUCUUCUGUUAUCUGUUGUUUCAAAACCAUUUCAUAGUACACUACUGGGGUAAGUUUAUAACUUGAAAUGUGAACUUUUUUUUUAGGGUUAAGAACAAACUAUAUAAAUGUUUUUUUUUUAAAUGUUGUAGAGUUCUGUUUCCACACAUGCUAGUAGUUUAGUUGAUUUUAGCUGCUUUGUAUUUGAAAGGCUAUUUAGAUCCUGCUCCAUUUACGUUCUUAGGAUGUAUGUAGCAAAUAAAGCUUUCUUUAAAGCAA